AUGCGGGAUCAGUCUAAAAAGCCCAGACAUUAUCAUCGACUGUCCGUCGGAUUCGAUGAAGACACGAGGAGGAGAUUCAUCUUGGUCCAGUGGUUUGAAUUACAAUCGGACACGUGUGAUUUAUGGAUCCGAUGCAAAUACAACUCUUUACGGCACUACUUAAAACAACUAGAAGAACUACCCGGUUGCCCUUGCAUUUAUCCCAAUUUAGUAUGGAACAAUCAACUUUGGGAUGACUCGAAAGAGAGUUACUUCUCUUGGGAGACUGCUAACUCCCAGGUGGAUCGCAGCGACAUCUACAAACCAGGAGCCAAAUUCUGCAUCCGCUCGCUUCUCGAACCGGGAAUGGUGACAUUGGCUGCCCAGCAUUGUUGCUAUGACAACAACCAACAGUUGAUCACUCGCGGGAAAGCAGCAGGUACUCCAAACCUUAUUAGUCCGCAAAUUUCAUGGGAACUUCACCGAAAAGUUGAUAUUCUCCCCUGGAUAAUCUGCAAAGGCGACUGGUAUCGUUAUCACAAAGUGGUGCCACCAAACAAUGCAGAGAUGUGUAAAAGAAACCCAGAAGAUACAGAAUUCUAUCGGCAACACUUUUUCAUAAUAUCUUCAAAAAUCUAUCUAUCUAUCUAUCUAUCUAUCUAUCUAUCUAUCUAUCUAUCUAUCUAUCUCAGUCUGUUCAUAUGUCUAUCUAAAUCUAAUAUUCUAUCUAUCUAUCUAUCUAUCUAUCUAUCUAUCUAUCUAUCUAUCUAUCUAUCGCAAUGGAAAUACACUUUUCAUAUCUAUCUAUCUAUCUAUCUAUCUAUCUAUCUAUCUAUCUAUCUAUCUAUCUCAGUCUGUUCAUAUGUCUAUCUAAAUCUGCGCAUAUCUAUCUAUCUAUCUAUCUAUCUAUCUAUCUAUCUAUCUAUCUAUCUAUCUAUCUAUCGCAAUGGAAAUACACUUUUCAUAUCUAUCUAUCUAUCUAUCUAUCUAUCUAUCUAUCUCAGUCUGUUCAUAUGUCUAUCUAAAUCUGCGCAUAUCUAUCUAUCUAUCUAUCUAUCUAUCUAUCUAUCGCAAUGUCUGUUCGUAUCUAUCUAUCUAUCUAUCUAUCUAUCUAUCUAUCUAUCUAUCUAUCUAUCUAUCCCAAUGCGCGUAAGAGAUAGUAAAUUCCUCCAGGAAGUUGUGGGCCCUAGUGACACGGCCAAAAUAUUGAUCCCGUCUCACCCAGGACUGACUCGUUUGUUUUGUGGGUCGUCCAGCUGA